CUCUCUCGCUCUCUUUCUCUUUCUCCCUCUUUCUCUCAAACACACACUUUCCUCUGAGUGCUGACUGAUCUGUGUAUCCUCUCUCUGUCUCUGUUGCUCAGAUUCUCACUCUUUUGUGAGUAAGAACUGAUCUGUGUAUCUGUUUUUUUUCUCGUCUCACAUACAGAGUCUGCUUAGGACAGAGAAUCCACCUGAGCGAUGGGCCACAGAGUCUGGCUCUUGCUCAUCCUCCUGGGGGGUGUUUUUUCAGAGGCCCCCACUAUGUAUGGAGAGAUCACUUCACCCAAUUAUCCUCAGGGCUAUCCCAACAAUGCCCAGAAUUCCUGGGAGAUCACUGUUCCAAAAGGGUUCGGAAUCAAAAUCUACUUCCUGCACUUGGACAUUGAGCCAUCGGAAAACUGCGAGUAUGACUUUGUACAGAUCAUUGUUGGUGAUCAGGUAGAAGGGAAGUUCUGUGGUCGUAAAACUGAUCCAUCUCUGCCAUCCACCCCUGUACAUGAGCUUUAUUUCCCAACCAACAACCUGACACUUCAAUUUACAUCUGACUUCUCCAAUGAAGAGAGAUACACUGGCUUCUCAGCAUACUACAUUGCCAUGGAUGUGGAUGAGUGUGAAGAAUCCUCCGAAAUAGAGUGCUCUCACUUCUGCAACAAUUAUAUUGGGGGCUAUUUCUGUUCCUGCCACCCAGGGUAUUUCCUGCACCCAAACAACCACACUUGUGGAGUGCAAUGCAGUGGAAACCUGUUCACAGACCUCAGGGGACAGAUCAACAGCCCAGGAUAUCCGUCCAAUUACCCUGAAAACUCAUUAUGUGAAUACAAAGUGCACCUGAGUCCCGGGUACCAGGUUAUCCUUACAUUCCAAACAAAGGUUUUCGACAUUGAAGCAGGAGAAGAUGGGAGCUGCAAAUAUGACACCCUCACUAUACAAGUUGGGCAGCGCACUUUUGGACCAUACUGUGGUAAAAGCCCACCACCUCAAAUUGAGACAGGCAGCAAUGAAGUGACCAUUAUAUUUCAGACUGAUAGCGGCGGUGACAAUAAAGGAUGGCGGAUCAACUACUCAGAGGAUGCAAUACCAUGUGACCAUCUGGUAUUUCAGCAUUCUCUUCUUAAUCCACGUAAGAACAAGUAUGUUUUCAAAGACACUGUGACUGUGACCUGCCAAGAAGGAUAUGAGUUUGUAACUACGAAGCUUAAUAUGAAAUCCAUACAAUCUGCCUGCCAAGAUGAUGGAACCUGGUCAGUGACAGAGCCAACAUGCACACCUGUGAAUUGCGGACAUCCAAACAGUGUUGAUAAUGGUUCACCGAUAUUCUCCCAAACCACAUACCUCUCAGAAGCCACAUACAUCUGUGACUCGGAUUUUUACAAGCUGACUUUACCACCCUCUGGAGAUGAUACUUUUGUGUGCUCGGCAAAAGGUGUCUGGUUGGGUAAAAGUGGGGGAGACGAAAUCCCCAAAUGUAAAGCAGUGUGUGGUGUCUGCAGCACAGGUAAAUGUGAGGAUGAAAUAGGCCGUAUAUUUGGUGGAAAGCCGGCUGGACCUGGGCAGUUUCCUUGGCAGAUUGCAUUUGUUUCACCAAGUCGUGGCAGUGGUGCUCUCAUAUCUGACCGCUGGAUCCUGACUGCUGCUCAUGUAGUACAGGAUAAAGAUAGUCCUGAGAUGUACGGAGGAGUCAUAAAUCUACGCCCCAAGAAACAAGAGAACCUUUUGAAGGCCAAGAAAAUAAUUGUCCAUCCAAAUUGGGUCACACAAGACAAUGAUAAAAGGGUAAACUAUAACCAUGACAUAGCCCUCGUCCUACUUUGUAGUAAAGUUAAACUGGGGCCUCUCAUCUCCCCAAUAUGUCUACCAGGAAGUGAUAAUGGAAUGUCUCCCAUCUUAAAUCAGAGAGCAUAUAUUGCAGGCUGGGGAGCUACUGAAAAAAAAGAAAGAACACCAAACCUGUUGUUUACCAUAGUUGCUCUCAAUAAGAAUGAAAAAUGUCAAGAACUAGACAAGGAAAAAAAAUACACUUACACCUCCAACAUGCUGUGCGCUGGAGAUGCCACUGGACAUGACAGUUGCAAAGGUGACAGUGGCGGGCCACUCAUGUUCUUUGGUGAAGGAAGGAUGUACACAGCCGGCAUAACCUCAUGGGGAGUCAACUGUGGAAAAUUUGGCGUCUACACUAAGGUGGAGAAUUACCUGGACUGGAUUAAAGAGACUAUGGAAAGAGUGGAAAUGGAGGAGGAUGGGAGUCCAGACCCAGAAUGUGCGUGAGAGUGUGAGUGAGUGUUUGAGUGAGUGUGUGAGUAAAUGAGCGAGUGAACGAGCAAAGAUGGGUAUUGUGCUCUAUUAAUAUAAGUGGCUGUCAACUCAGGUGUGAUUUCCCUCCCUAUCCUGGGUAGAAGAGAUGAUGGAAGUAGGGAUGGGUAUGAUGCUAUAUCAAAAUAAGAUAUGGCCCCAAUCUGACCUUAUUUCCUCACUGGAGUGAACAGAAUUCCAGGAGUAAGAUUGGGGCAUGGAAGUGAUGUAGAAUGUGUGAUCAUCUGGAGUUAGGAGCACCCAGAGCUUGCAGUCCUGUCAAUCAUUUUGUUUUAACCAUUCUCUAUUUUAAAAUUCUGUUUUCUGAA